AUGGACGGCGGCAGUCCACAUCACCGUCCCGGAUCGCGCAAUGGACGCGACAAUUGGGGGAAAAUGCCGGAGCCCCUCAACGGCCACAAGGUGGACAAGGCAGAGAAGUCGUCUCCAUCGCGACGCAGCUUGGGGGGCAACGGCAGUGGUGGCAGUGGCAACUCGUCCAAGCAGGGCUCUCCCUCGGCCUCGUCACGCACCAAGGGUGUGCCACCCAGUUUUGGUUACGUAAAGCGCGCCAAUGGCAGCAUAGCGUCCACGGCGGAGCAACAGAACAUCGCAAUGCUCAUGGCGGGAGCGGGUGGUUCCGGAGUUGGCGUUGCUGGGAUGGUCAAUGGCUUGUCCUGUGGUCGUACGGCGCAUGUAUCAGCUGUGCCGCGCACCGCCGGAGGACGUAAAUCGACCGGUGGUACACAGACGCUGCCCAACGACAUGAACAAGCUACCGCCCAACACACAGCAUCGCAGCUUCUCCCUGACCGGACCGACGGCCACACAACUGAGCCAAUCCAUCAGGGAACGCCUGGCAACGGGCUCACACAGUCUGCCAAAGCCAGGCAGCGAUAUGCAUGUCUUUCAGCAUAGAAUUUCUAAUCGCACGGGCACACGUCACGAUGGCUCUUUGUCGGACACACAGACCUAUGCAGAGGUUAAGCCGGAAUAUAGCUCAUACGCCAUGUGGUUGAAGCACAGCAAUACGGCGGGCAGUCGGCUCUCCGAUGGGGAUGCCAUCGAUCAGAUGCAAAUUGGCUCACCAGCGAUGACCCGACAUGGCCACAAGAUGUUGCACAGUCGCGGAGGUGCGCCCGCAGGCGGACAAAUGACUAUGGCGGGCAAUGAAUCGCCGUAUGUGCAAAGCCCGCGCAUGAAUCGCAGCAAUAGCAUCAGAUCCACCAAAUCGGAGAAAAUGUAUCCCUCGAUGCUGAGUCGUGGCGGCGAUGUGGAAAUCGAGCCCUACUACUGCCUGCCAGUGGGCACCAUCGCAGCGGCAGCUCAGAACGGGGUCCUCAGCGCCGACAUGGCCGCCGCUAUGGUCGCCCAGACGGUGCAGGCAGGCAAUGCACGCGCCGGGGUGUCCACCUGGAGCCAGCCCACCUCGCCGACGCCCAUCAAUCGUGGUCCAUUUGCGGGCGCUGCGGCAGCUGGCGUGGGCGUGGGCGCCCUCUCACCCACGCAUGGGAAUCCGACAGCAUCGACUGCAAUGGCAUCUGCUGGCGGCCAUGGUGCGGGCGGCAAUAUUGGUGGCCAUCGUCUCACAUAUCCCAAGAAGAAUGAUGAAGUUCACGGCAGCGCCGCUUCUUUGCUGUCCGGUGGCAGCUCCUUGUACGGCUCGGCGGAGGAGCGACAGGCACAUGAGAUAAGGAGAUUGAAGCGCGAACUGCAGGAUGCCCGGGAACAGGUGCUCAGUCUAAGCAGUCAACUGUCGACCAAUGUGAGUAGAACAAAUGCCGCCAAACUGCCGGCGUCAACGUUGACGUCGACGUCGUCGCCAUUGGCACAGCAGCCCGCCGUUUGGCUCAGUGGCUUGCCAAAGGAUUUGAGUGUCAUAUUCAGUUCCGCAUUUGAUGCGAAAGGAGGCGGUACACGCGCAGCAGUGGCAGCAGGAUAA